AUGGCAAAGGAGUCGAGGAUCCGUCUUCUACUUUGCCUUUCUGUCGUCGGGACUAUAACAUUAGUCCAAUCCCUGCCAACACACCGGGAAGCUCGAUCAGUCAUUGGGGACCUGGACCUUCCCAGGAGAGUAUUCUGGUCCAACGUGAGUUACGAUGUCUCUGUACCUUACGUGAGCCUUGAUGAAUGGGACCGUAUCCGCGCUGAUGUGGAGUCAUCGGUCCGUUUAGCGCGUCGGAGUGAUACUCAGUGUCGUCCAACGCUGCCAUUGGAACCCACGUUGCCCAGAGACCUCAGCCUAUGCCCGUGGUCCUACCAUACUGAAGAUGAAGAUCCUGACAGGUUCCCCGUCAUCAUUCCUCAGGCUUACUGUCAAUGUUCACGAUGCCACUUCAGUAGGCUAAUCAACUUCCAAGCCAUCGCCGAGCUCCCAGGGAUUCGAUCUACUUCGGCUUGCAAGGAGGUAUAUGAGAACCGACGUGUUCUUCGCCGGGCAGUCCCGGGUGAUGAAACGUCUCCAUACGUUCCAUAUGACGUACCCGUAUCGGUGGCGUGUGUGUGCCAGAAACACAUAUCUUAA